UUCAAACCCUCAGUGAAAGCCUCCAUUGCCCCUUGAGCUAUGGCUGUGGUGUUGCCCAUGGCCCCGGCUCCUGCAGACCCCCUCCCCACAGUCUCAGAGGAGUCUGCUGAUGUGUCCAUGAAGGAGGCGGCGGAGGAGGAGGAGCUGUGCCAGGCGUUCUCUGAUACGCUGCUCAUGGUGCAGGAUGUGGACGAGGAGGACGGGGACCUGCCGCAGCUCUGCUCAGAAUAUGUCAAAGAUAUCUACAGCUACCUGCACGUCCUGGAGGUGGAGCAGGCUGUACGACCUGACUACAUGCAGCAUUAUGAGAUCACUGAGCGCAUGCGGGCUCUCCUGGUGGACUGGCUGGUCCAGGUGCACUCCAGGUUCCAGCUGCUGCAGGAGACUCUGUACCUCACAGUUGCCGUCAUGGAUCGAUUCCUCCAGGUCCAGCCGGUCUCUCGCAGGAAGCUGCAGCUUGUCGGUGUGACGGCCAUGCUGGUGGCCUGUAAAUACGAGGAGAUGUACGCUCCAGAGGUGGGAGACUUCGCCUACAUCACAGACAACGCCUUCACAAAGGCUCAGAUUCUGGUGAUGGAGCAGCUGAUUCUGAGGGCCCUCAACUUUGAGCUGGGACGCCCUCUUCCUCUGCACUUCCUGAGACGGGCUUCCAAAGUGUCAAAUUCUGAUGUAGAGAGACACACGCUGGCCAAGUACCUGAUGGAGUUGACGCUCCUUGACUACAACAUGGUGCACUAUCAGUCCUCUGAGAUCGCUGCUGCUUCUCUGGCGCUCUCCCAGCUGCUGCUGGUAGCCCUGCCCUGGUCUCCUCAGCAGCAGCACUACUCCACUUAUGACGCCGCCCACCUGAAGCCCAUCAUGCAGCACAUCGCCAAAAACAUAGUGAUGGUCAACGAGGGGAAGACAAAGUUCCAGGCUGUGAAGAACAAGUACUCGAGCAGCAAGCUGAUGAAGAUCAGCCUCAUCCCUCAGCUGAACUCGUCCAUCGUCAAGACCAUGGCGGCCGCUCUGCUCAGCAAUCCUUGAGAACUUUGUUACAUCAUCAGUGGACGUUUCAUUUGCACUUUAUUUAAUAUUGAUCGCAAUCUGUGGAAACUACACUUCAAAUGUUUUUAUUUGAGCAAAGUUCAGAAUUUUAGCCACUGUUUUUACUUUUUAUACGGAUGAUGUUUUGACGAAACUCUUUACGGUACAUCGGAUGUUCCUCCAAUGCACCUUGAACUGCAGUUCCAAGCUAGCGUUUAGAUGAUGCAUCGCUUCCAAUCAGAAGUUGUGUGCACCAAGACUGUUCUUUCUAGUUUGUGUUGACCAUCUGAUUUCUUAAGUCUACCUCAUGAGUAUUGUGUUUUUGCUUUCUUAAAAUACACUUUAAGAUAAUUACUGUUGUAUCAUGCUUUUUUUUU